AUGGAUAAGAACUCUGUUCAGGAGGCAUCCUCCCCCACCGUUGUCUACAGUAACUCCGACGAUCAUGUCUCAGAAGACGAAAGCUCUCCCCAGACUGAGAACGUCCAAGACCUCAAGGCCCAAGUUGCCUUUCUCCGGGACCAACUGGAGAUUCUUCAUGGAAAAGCUUCGCUCGAAAUCGAAUUGCAAAUGAAGAUGCUUACGGCCGGGGCCAAGGGCUGGUCAGACUUUGAUUUCGAGGUGUUGGGGAAUAUGAUCCGUCAGGUUAUGUAUCGCAUAAAGCAUUGGUGCCAACAGCAUGUCCGGCAAGGUCUGCCCGAUACCGCUGAAGUAUCUGGCCUGGAAAAGCAAGCCAUCAUUCGUAGUCUAGAGGGCUAUUGGGUUCAAGAUGUGGAAUGGGAUACACUGAGGAAGUCUCUUCCUUACCCUCUCUCUGUGUGUAUGUCGGAAGUGCUCGCUCAAACUAUCUUGACAAAGAACAUCGUGGAGAAGUUCUUUGUCAACCCAUUUUGGUACCUCGAGGGAGAAGAAUUCAAUCAGCAGGAUAAGGCGACGGGCUCUGUCUCAUGUGCACAGAAUCUGCAACAUCUGUACCAACGAUUCUUGGAAACAAACGGCGUCAGAGCCACCAUCUGGAAAAAGGAAACUGUUCGUCUCUCAAAUUCGGUUAUGCUAACCCAAGCACCCAAUCUCGAGCUUGGUCGGCAGACAAAGGAAUAUCGCACAAAGGCUGUCGCUUUGUUCGCCUCCACACUACUUUCCGACCCUUUUUUCCAGAGAUUACUAGAAAGUGUGGAUUGCGAGGAAGCGAAGAAGCGAGAGAACAGUCUUAUACGUAUAUGCCAAUUUGCUGAUGAGACCGCAAUUACCCUCGGCUCCAAUCAGGGGCAUUGUCUGUAUAAGACACUGGCGAGUGUGGGAACCACCUUCGAUCCGAGAUCGAAUGAAGCGACACUCCAUGAACUCUAUACUGUCGGCGGAAAUGCUGACGAUGCCAGAUUGGCUGGCCGUCGCAUCUUAGGGAUAACCCAGCCGGUUGUAAUACUGAAGCUAAGAACUCUGAGGAGUCAAGAGAACGUGUUGAAUAAAGCCGAGCUAUUGGUGGAACAUGGUGACUACACCGAGGAAGAUCAUGUGCGAGAUCGACCAAAGCCUGCUGAAAAUCCUGCUGAAGAGGUUGAGAAGGAAGAAGACUAA